AAAUUUGAUGGCAACUAUAACUGGAGAGAGCUCUAAACCAGGAUUUGAUGCAUCAAAGCAUGUUCCUCCAACCUACGAUAUUGGGGGACAUUACAAUCCUCCAAAGAUUUCUACAAAAGUGGCUGAAACAUUUAACAACGGAAUAAAUGCUAAAGAUGUGAGGAUUCCUGAAUCAUGGAUUGGGCCUGAACCAGGCAAAACUAGGACAUCAAUGAAGCAUACUCAAAAAGUGAGCUUAGUCCCUGAUCCCAGCUUUGACAUUGAUGGUGAUGGAGUAGUAGGAGAAAGAGACAUCCUCAUAUCCCGUAUGUUCGACAAAAACAAGGAUGGUAUCCUUGACAAAACUGAGAAAACUACUGCAAUGCAGCAUUUAGAACAAUAUCAUAAUAAAUUAGCCAAGAAAACAGAGAUGAAGCAAAACUCCUUAUGGGGCAUAAAUAGAGAUACUAAGAACACUUAUUUUAGAGUAGAGCAUAAGAAGAGACUUAUGUCUGAUUUUAAAGACCAUAAUAAGUCUUCAACUGAACCUCCCACAAAGAGAGCUGUCUACCGUAAAACAAUGAGUGAUAUGAAAUUUAACAGAAGAAAAGCAGAUAGGCAAAAACUGGAGGAACUUAAAACAAACUGGGACUUGAAAAAUCCUUCUCAAGAGACAAAAUCUUAUAUCAGAAGUGAGUUCUUAGUCAAUAACCCUUCUCAUACCUCUAUCAAUCAGAUCAAUAGUGAAAAGAAAAGGGAGAUUAGAAGAAAGGCAGGACUGAAGGAGGUAGCUGACUUUUCUGUUGAUGAUAAACCUCCUCCAACACUAUCGUACCUGCACACCCCUUCUAUCCCUAGUAAAGCUUGUCUUGAAGACCAGAGAAGGAAGACCAAUUUGACCGAGCUUAAAAAUCUGGAAAAGAAGCAAGGGAAUGUAGAAGUGGGGAUAAAUAGACUCAUGAAGAAAGAAGAAGCUGUUUUUAGUCUAGGCAAUGCUAAUCACCGGAAGACUAAAGAGAUGAUCGAUGAGAGAAGACGUAAAGAAAUGCUAGAGAAUAACAUGCGAGUUUUUGGCAAUGUCUCUAUUGGAAUUCAUGGCAAAGAACUUCCCAAAUAUCAUCAUAGUAUGUCAGAGUGGUGGAAGAAUAAGAGAGGGUUUAACGAAAAUCCUAAAGAAAAUUCCCUAUUGAGAUUCAAACAGAAUACAAAAUAUUGGGCUAAAGAUGACAAUAUUCUUUUAUGAGAUUUUCUACCUGAGGAGCCCCAUCCUGAUGAUUUUAAACAAACUCAUGUGAAGAAAAAUGUGAAAGAUCAAGUAGCUGAAGGACCUCAGAGGCUUAGGGCUCCUAAGCAGAAUGAUAAUAUUGUUCUUGGAAAUUCGAAGAAGAUGCCUCCAAGAAAUUAUAGAUGGACUUCUCUUGAAGAUCAAUUUGUUGAAAGAGCAAAUAAAUUUACCAAAGAGGUAGAUCAGACCAGAGCUGAAAGGGGAGAUUAUGAUCCUUUAUACUCUUCCUUUAAUCCAAAUGGUACUUUUAAUCCUCCUCCAGCAUCGAUUGAUGUCAGAAAUAAGCAAAGAGAGUAUCAAAAGACAAGCAUCUCUGGCACAAUGACAAAUAAAAGUAUGGGCUUAAGAGCUAAUACAGCCUUAAAUGCUGAAGAAUCUCUCAUGGGAACUGGACAAAACAGCAUAAACCUCUUCGCCAGAGCUACUACAGUUGAAAACCAACCUGCAAUGUCUGCUGCAAAUAGAUCAUUCAAAAACUCUACACACAAAGGAAUAAGGUCAGGUGCUUUUAGACAACUCUAACUGAAACAUCCACAUAAAUCCUAAGCCCAUUAUAAUCUUCUUCAAAUAUCCCCUUAAAAGCCAACCCCACCAC